AUGGCGGCUGCUGGAGGUGACAUCUUUUGUAGGAAAGCAUGUGUGGUGGUCACAGGCGCAAGUAAGGGCUUAGGGAAAUCAGUUGCCAAGACAUUUGCAAGCAGAUUUCCAGAUUCAUCAUUUUUCAUUCUUCUUGCGAGAAGUUUAACCGAUUUAGAAAAGGUGAAAGCAGAAAUAUUAGAAAAAAAUUCUAAGGUCAAAGUUGCAGUAAGAAAAUUUGACCAGGGUAAUCUAGACCAAGCCAUAUUUGACACGUUAUUUGACAGUGUAUUUAGUGAUUUCGGUGUGACAGCAGAUGACUUCGAGCAGUCGGUGGUGGUUCAUAAUGCUGGAACUUUAGGUGACAACACGAAGUAUGGCAGUCAGUUGUCAGACGUGGUUACUGUUCAGAGUAACUUCGAUGUCAAUGUGUCGGGCACGAUUCUUCUCAACUCGGGCUUCCUAAGAAAAUUCUCCAAUUCAUCUAAAGGACGAUUGAUCAUCAACAUGUCUUCUUUAGUGGCCAUUCAACCAAUUCCUUCAUUUUCCUUAUAUUGUACAGGUAAGGCAGCCAGAGACAUGUUCUUCAGAGUGCUUGCUGCUGAAGAUCCUUCUCUUCGUGUCCUUAACUAUGCUCCAGGACCUUGUGAAACAGACAUGCAAAGGGCAUGUAGGGAGGACACAGUAGAUAGGACAACCAAAAAUAUGUUUUUAGCCAUGCACACAGAAGGAAACACCCUGGAUUGUGACACAUCGAUAGCUAAGCUGGUGGAGUUGGUGAGACUGGACCAAUAUGAUAAUGGAGCACAUGUUGAUUUCUUUGAUGAUAUUGGAGGUCACAUAGCUAAGGCAGCCCUCAAUAUGUGAUCUAAAUCUCUGAUAUACAAUGUUCUACUGACAUCGUCAAGUCAGAAGUACACACAAAAACAAGAGUCAACUAAAAGUGACUUUCAAUCAAUAUUUAAUCAACCAAUCAUUUUACACACUUCAUGUAUUGUAAGAAAUAUUUUUUCGGAGAUUAUUUAUAUAUUCAGAAUUUCAAAUUCCCAUAAAAAAUAGUUCUUGUAUUCAAAAAAAGGAAAAAGAUGAAUAAAAAUUAAAUUUGCAUAAUUGUAGAUUAAAUAAACUCCAGUGAAGUUCAUAAUAAAUACCAUUAGCAAGGUAUUGUUACAUGUGUUAUAUAAAUCACACAUAAAAUUAAGUUCAGAAGUGAAGUAAUAGAAUAGAAUCAGCGUACAGUGUUGAAAUGUCCGGAAAAUAGUAAUUUGGAUGAAGCCAUUGUGUUAGUAUACCGUCACGUGUUUUGUGGUGGACUUCAGUUUUAUAUUGUUUUACAUUCAGUAUUUUAUAUGUAAUUUACUGAUGUUAGACUAUAUUACUUUGUUAUUUUUAUUCCAGUUCGGUUGUUAUUGGUCAGAUGUGUUGCUUAUUAUUAUCAUUGAGAAGGUUGAUCUGUACUUAGCUUCUAAAUAUGUGUAAUUGAUUGAUAUGUUUUUAGUGGUGUAUCUUAUUGUGCCAAUGUUUGGUAUGUAUAAUUGAUAUGUAUUUAGUGGUGUAUCUUAUUGUGCUGAUGUUUGGUACAUUUAUGUAUGUGGUAAAAUAAAUAUGGUAAUUAAAAAAAAACAAGGAAAAUAUUUCUCAGACUGUAUCAUCUUCACCAAAAACACAAAUACUCCAAAAUCUGUAAAAUAGCAACAGUUAUGUCCUCAGUACUUAGUCUACCACACAAAAUUUCUUUAACUAAAAUAUCACUCACGAUAUUACCAAAAUAAUAUCACUUUCUGGAGACAUCUACCACACAAAAUCUCUCUUAUAAGGAGAAUAUCACCCACAGGACAUAUAUACCACACAAAGUUUCUCUCAAUGAAAAUAUCACCCUCAGAUUAGGGCAGCAUACAGUAUUUCCCUUAUCAAGACUAUUAACUUUUGGGGAAAUAUAACCACAAAAUCUCUUAUACCAUGACAAUAUCACCCUCACGAUCAGGAGAUCAUCAAGUAUUUUCAUUGGUUUAAUCAGGAUGUGUUGACUCUAAAUAUUGUCUUCUGAUUAUUUUUAUCAUUUACAGAGCAAUAUUUUGUCAUUUUCUAGUCAGGAGGUUGUAUCAUAUUAUUGAUUUUUUACAUCACUCUUUAUGAUAAUUGAUAUAUACUCAGUCUUCUAGUUGACUGUAUUUGUCAAGAUAAAAUAACUCAAACUGCUGUACUUCAAACAGGGAAAUGUAUAUACACAUUAUCAAUUUACAUGUAUGUGGUUGGGACCAAGUGAUGAUAAUAAAAUGGAUGA